AACACUUCCGACCUCACAAGCUACGCUGUUCCGAAUCCCGGGAACAGAGCAGAAAGAAGCAUUUCGGAGGCAUCCCGACAAACUUUCCUGGAUGACGAAGUCCUUCCACGCAGCGUCGAGAAGUACGAUGAAGCAUCUGGCUUCGGCUACAGAGAGCAAGCACGCGUGGGCCGACUUUCAUAUAAAACCCAGCAAGUUGCUCACUCCGUUGCACCUGAACAUUAUUCGCAUAUGCAUACCCAGGAGCCUGCGCCAACUUCCAAUUCGAGAUAUGGUCCGUUCAAAGCACGGUUUUCCUCCUCUGAGAGCGCAAGCCAGCAUCGCAAGGAAGCGACACGAUUUGACAGGAAGCCUUAUCGAUCCCCGGAUACCGAUUAUACCAUUUCUGAGGUUGAGAAGGACCGCCUUUAUCACGUCGAACGAGUCUACAAUGCCAUGACUUGUGGUGAUGCGGCAAGAGACAAUAAGGGUUCUAUUGCCAUGAAGAGAUGGGUUCAUGGAGCCUAUUACGAGUCCACUUUGGUCGAGGCGUAUGCACAUAAGGUUCUCGACUGUCUGCUACUACAGGCAAAAGAGGGGUUUCGCGGCUGGGUUCAUAACGACUAUGUUGCGGAUGACCGCAAGGGCGAUGACGAGGAUCGAGAUGUGACCUGCGAAGAACGACUGGAGAGCAUUUUAUGUGCCCUUCAAGAGGAAAAGACGAUUUGCGAGGACGUAAUGAACUCCGCUUGCCAGAUCCGCAUGUUUGUCAACGCCCCGAAGGCGUACGCAAACCGGAAAUACCAAAAUCGCGUGGGAAAUAGCAAAAGAGGUCGAAAUAAGGACUCUGAUCCAGCAAAUAGACCUUCCAAGACCCAUGCGUUCGACUCGAAAGCCAACCACGCGAGCUGUCACCAUUUCAACGAGCCCAAGCCCGAUUCUCACCACCAUCUGUGUUAGUAGGUAGCCUCGAUAUGUCCAGGCCUCAGAGGCUUGCCCCUUCGCGAGAUUUUCCAGCAAUACAGAGGCGCAUCCACGCGAUGUCGCCUCCACCAAUGGGCUCCCCUUAUGCUUCGCACAUAUCAACAGUACCGCCGCAACAACACACACCACUGAUGUCACCUCCGGCCCUGUCACAUGGCAACCGCUCCGCACCCGUGAGCCCAGACGAUGGGCAGCUUAUACACAAUGCCGGAAGCGAGCAAUGGCCGCUAAUGCAGC